AUGUCCGAUAAUAAAGCAGCAGAGGUCAACAGGACAAUGUCAUCUACAAUGUCAGCUGAAUUCUCUCAAUCACAACCACAGAAUCCGCAACACAUAGAACUGAUGUAUAGGUCAUCCCAACAGCCGCUCACUGGGGAUUAUCUUGAUAGUGCCGAAUAUCAUACAUCUACAUCAACAGACCAAUCGCCGCUUCCCACUACGCCUUCUCCGCCUGCCCAAGCACGUACGUCCUCCGUAACGUCGCAAACUCAGGCUGAUCAACCUUACUAUGUGAAUGCUAAACAAUAUCAUCGCAUUCUGAAGCGAAGAAUAGCGAGAGCAAAACUCGAAGAAAAUUUGAAGAUUCAGCGUGGACGCAAACCUUAUUUACACGAAUCAAGACAUAAACAUGCUAUGCGCAGACCAAGAGGCCAGGGCGGUCGAUUUCUGACCGCUGCAGAGAUAGCAGAAAAAGAACGAUUGGAAAAGCUGGAAGAAAUUCAAAAAAACAACGAACUAAACCAGAAUCUUAAACACCAAGACUCCGGAGAAAAUGUCGAAUGA